UGAGCCCAGCAAAAGCCAAACAAAGAAGAAACUAAAUCGUUAUGCAAAAGACAAAUGGUUAUAAACAGCAUUUUUAAGUAAGAACAUAUUUCAUGUAAUCUGAUAGAUGUAAUCUUGAUGGUGGCUAAUGAGGAUGAAAAUGGCAGUUUCACUACUCUGCUUCAUCAGCAUACAGCUGGUUACACACAAGGCUCCUCUCUGGUUUGUUACACUCUUGAAAAGCACAGCAGCCACAAAGACAAGACCGCUUGAUUCUCAGACGCUCCUGCAACAAAGGUGUUGGCUGAUUCGUGGUCCGGCGAGAAAUUUCAGGAAAUUAUCUGUGAUAGAGUGGUUUAGCUCUUUUGAAGUAAGCUACAUAACUUGUUGCGCAUUCUCAAAUGGAGAGAUACAAUUCCAAUGCGGGAAAUACAGCCUUUAACGGAACUCCUAAUGGUAGCAAUGAUUUUGCUACAGCCCCGCCAGCUGCUCUUGGCGUUGGUACUGGUUUGGCUGCAGAUGGGACUACAUCAGUUGAUUCAGAAAGCUCUUCUUCUGAUUCUAUCCGUAUUUUGAUAGAUCUGAAUGUUCCAUAUGUUCCUGACAGCGGUGACUCUGAGAUAGAUGGGCCAGUUGGAUUUGAUCUAAAUGAGGUGAGGCAUAAUCAGCAGUGCGUUUGCGGAAGAAAGAGAAAAGCACGUGACAGCACUUCCAGCAGCUCAAGCUCAAGCACAAGAAAUCGUCAUGUUCCUAGUCAGUCAAACCAGAUCGCUCCUAGGGGCACAACAGGAGGAAUUUCCAUGUCUGGAACUUCUCGUGCUGUGAGUGACUUCGCAAGAAAUACCAGCCCCGGUCUUCCGGAGCGUCAGCUAAGCAUAGACCUACACGGAAUAUCUGCUGGAAAUACUCAGCGCUAUUCACCAACUCCGUUGUGCAGGAUGUCCUCUCUGCUAAAUGCAAGAUCAGCUGGACUCCAGCCUUUGAAUCAGAGACGUAGUUCACCUGUACAUUGGAUGACUAACUCAAGCUUUGUCGAGACAUCUUCAGUUCCUCGCAUCCCUAGAGCAAACAAUGCAGGGAGCUCUCUUCAAAUGCAAGGGUUAUGGCAUGCUGCAACAGCUCCACCUUCUCAGAGUACGCACUUUCCUGGAGCUUCAAGGAUAGCUCUGGUGGAAAACACUACAGAUUUGAUGUUCACUGAGCAACAUACAAACUUCCAUAGUGAUAUUCCAUCUGCUUCAAGAUAUCAAUCUAAUGAUGUUAUUCAACCUUCAAGUGGUGCACCAUAUGCUUCAAGAUAUCAAUCUAGUGCUGUUAUUCAGCCUUCAAGUGAUGCAAUUAGAGAUUUGACAGCAAAUGAACUGAGGACAAGAAGAAUUGCUGAUUUUCUUAGAAGGCGCUCAGAGUUCAAUGACAUUCAUCCUCCAUCAAUUCCCCUUGUAAUUGGGGAAACUGUUGCUGCUGAUAACAGAGAUAGGCUGGUGUCCGCGGCUGGUGCUGUGAGGGAGCCAGGGCGCAGAAAUCAACCCAUUGUUAUCGAGGAAAAUGAAGAAGAUGAACACGAGGCAGCUCAACAGGGUGCCAUUCAUGUUAAUACUGAGAAUCUAUCUUAUGAGGAAUUGUUGGCACUUCAAGAGCAUAUGGGAGAUGCAAGCACCGGAUUGAAGAAGAGAGUUAUUUCUACACUUCUGAAGCAGCACAAGUAUUAUCAUCAAUCGCCCAACAUGAACGAUAGCAAUGACUCCUGCUGUGUAUGCUUGGAUACUUUUGGCGACGGGGACAAUCUUGGACAACUUGACUGUGGCCAUGAAUUCCAUUAUGAUUGCAUCAGAAAGUGGCUGAGGGGCAAGAAUUGUUGUCCUAUUUGCAAAAGGACUGCUUUGACACCAUGAGAUAGUAACUCAUGGUUCUCGUUGAUUGGCUUGGCGGACAAGACGGGGGAGUAGAAUUAUCAAAUUUUUAUUCAGUUUGGUGUUUUUUGUUUUUUUUCAGUAUUAGUCAGGUUGUAGCUGGGGAUAUCUCAGUUCUAGCUUGAACAAUGGUGUUCAUGACUUUUCCAGUUUGGCGUUUUUGUGGAUUUUCAGUAUUAGUCAGGUUGUAGCUGGGGAUAUUCUCAGUUGUAGCUUGAACAAUGGUGUUUUUGACUUUUCCAGUUUGGUGUUUUUGUGGAUUUUCAGUAUUAAGUUGGUACUAGCUGGGACCUUUGAGAUG